AUGCGCCGCUCGGCUGCUCCCAGCUUUUCUAAGCAAGGUGAAUCUGGUGUUGCGCUAAGCCACAAUGUUCGAUCCUUCAUGAGCCAAAGUUUUCCUCAAAAGUCAACAUUUACAGGGGCUUUGCAUUCACAGACUUCAAAGACAAAUGAUGAAAAUUCUCUGAAAUUGACCACUGAAAAGCGCUAUGAAAUAGUUUAUGCAAAGCGGUCAACCAAAAAGCAUAAGAAAUGGGAAGACGAUGGGAUACUCAUUCUUUCAGGGCUUCAUGCUAGAAUUUGUUCUACUGACUCUAAAACAAUAGCCAGCACUUCUUUAAAAGCGGCUCUGCUGAGUACUAUUGAGCUUGGGAUGAUUUUAGUUGUUGGAUCUUAUGAAUGCCAGCUUAUAUCAGUGAUUGACCAAGUCCGGAGGACAAAUGAAUUGGAAGUUGUCCCAUCUUCCCAGAACUCGCCAGCUCCUCUCCAAAAGCCUCUUAAAAGGGCUAACAGUAUAGCCCAAGAACCAAAAUUUGACGAAAGAGCUUUCCUUUUGCCUCGUCCACCAAAUGCUCAUAUGUGGAAAUACAACGCAGAAGGACUACCAAUUGUGGAUGUCUAUCUUGGCGGAAAUUUAGCAUCAAAAUUACAUCCAUAUCAACUCGAGGGUAUCAAGUUUCUCUAUGAGUGUGUUCUCGGCUAUCGAAAAUUAAGCGGAUUCGUUGAUUUUAGUCCUGACGAGGAUUCUGAAUGUGUAUAUGGAGGUAUUUUAGCGGAUGAAAUGGGUUUAGGAAAGACUGUUCAGGUUAUUGGCCUCCUCUCAGUUUUGUUAAAGCAGGGUCCCUAUGGUGGAAUACCUGUCAUACGACGUUGUCUUAUUGUUACUCCUGGAAGUUUGGUGAUGAACUGGCAGAAGGAAUUCACUAAAUGGAUAGGAAGAGAGAAUAUCUCCACUUAUUGCGUCAAUCAAGACAACCCAAUAAAAGCCUAUUUAUCACAAAUGCGACCUCCUCCUAUAAUUAUCAUCUCCUAUGAAAUGCUCCUACAACACUCUGAUCGAGUGGUUGAAAUGAAUUCAAUAGAUCUGGUUGUAUGUGACGAGGGACAUCGUCUCAAAAAUUUGGAGAUUAAGACCACUGCAGUUUUGAAGCGAUUGCCGGCUCGUCGGAGGAUAAUUCUUACAGGCACACCAAUUCAAAAUGAUCUCAAUGAAUUUUGGUCACUGGCUGAAUUCGUUGCUCCUGGUUGUUUAGCUUCUAGUCGCGAGGAGUACAGAACGUGUAUUGUAAAUCCUCUUUCCAGGUCUUCUCAUUCCUCAGAUCUUUCCAGGAUUUUCACCUCGGGUUCUGAUGACGUAGAAGAUGAAGAAUCUGAUGUUUUGAACGCAGUGCAUAAGUUGAAAUCUUCUUUGAAAACUUUCCUUUUGCGUAGAACGUCGGAUAUGAUUACUAAUCGCCUUCCCGACAAAGUUGAACAGAUCGUCUUUUGUGAAGCAACUCCCCUUCAACAAGAAGUAGAGAAAGAGUUGUUGAAAUGGCUUUACAAGCAGCUGGAUAUGAACGAUCUUGUUGAAAAUGAUAUUAUAGACAUGAUGGGAGAAGAUACUCUUGAUUCAUUUCCUCAGUCUACUAGUUGUGGCUUAGAUGUUCUAACCUGUAUCAUGACCUUCCGAAAGCUCUACAAUCAUCCUUCACUUGUUUUGGAAAUGCUGGAACAAGAUAUCAAACAGAAGCGCGGACUUAAUUUAUCCAAAAAGCAAACUUUUCCAGAUACCUUGACAGAUAAUCUCAUUGCAAUUCUUCAUCAUGGUCUUUCACGCACUGAGCGCACUGGCUGUUCCUCGUCUGUAUGUACUUCUUCUGGGAAGUUGACGGUGCUUCAACGUCUUCUCACGAAAAUCUCCCAGUUGCCUUCUGAUUCACCGUGUCGUGGUGGCUGUCAUCGAUUGGUACUGGUUUCCAAUUUCACGAAAACCUUGGACCUCCUUGGACCUAUUUGUGAACGAAUUAUGAAUACUCCAUGCCUUCGAAUUGAUGGUAAAACUCCCACGAAACAGCGACUCAACAUUGUAGAUCGUUUCAAUUCUCCUACUUGUAUUGAAAAAGUCCUUUUGCUUAGUUCCAAGGCUGGUGGUACUGGUCUCAAUCUUAUCGGGGCUGACUUCCUAGUGCUCUUUGAUAUUGACUGGAAUCCUGCUACUGAUGCUCAGGCCCUAGCUCGAGUCUGGCGAGAAGGCCAAAAGUGUCGUGUUCACUUGAUUCGACUUAUUACUGCUGAUGGACUGGAGGAACGCAUUCUACAGCGUCAGGUGGCGAAAUCCUCACUUGCUAGCACAGCGAUAUCGGCCUCAUUUGCAUCGUCUACAAACUCUACAUCCCUUAGUCUUGGCGAGCUGAGGGAACUUUUCCAGCCUUCUCCAAUUGGAACAGUUUCCUGGACCCACGACCUCUUGGGCUGUCAAUGUCAAAGGGGUUCCAGUCCAGCAGAAAAUCUUGAAGCACCUCAAGAAACUGAGGAUUCUUUCAACGAAGAGGAAGAUACUCGGGCUUUUCAACUAGGUCGACAUGGUAAACGAGCCAAGAUGGAUCGUCAAACACUUCCUUCAUCUUCUAAAGGACUUGGACAAAUAAAGAGUUGGAGUCACUUUCUUACCUCCGAAACUAUUUCAGAGGCAUCUCUUCUCUUUUCUUCACCGCAUUCUAUUAAAGCCGUCUUUCAACAUGUAACCUCUGCUUGUGAGUCUCAAGGGUCUUAG